AUGGCUUCUUCAUCUUCCAUGCCUUCUUUGAUGAAAGAUGAAGAGCCAAGAAACUGGGCGGAGCUUCCUUCGGAAUUAACGUUUUCGAUACUGAAUCGGCUUGGCGUGAUUGAUAUACUACAAAACGCUCCGAAGGUGUGCAAACCGUGGCAUCGCGUCUUAAAGACCCUUUGAUGUGGAGGAAGAUUGACAUGAGCAACUCUGGAUACUUUGCUAUGAAGAAGGAUCUCGAGAGCAUGUGUCGUAAUGCUGUUGAUCGUAGCCA